AUGCAUAGGAUCCUUAUUAUGUGGAAGUUGAAGAUAGGAAAGGGAAAUGGAGAAGAUCGGCAUUUGUUCAGCAGCAACAACUUCAUCGGACGUCAAACGUGGGAGUUUGAUUAUAAAGCUGGUACACCGGAGGAACGAGCCGCCGUGGAAGAAGCUCGCAGGAGUUUCUUUGACAACCGUUUUCGUGUUAAAGCUUGCAGUGAUGUCUUGUGGCGAAUGCAAGCCUCCGACGGUCACUGGCCCGGAGAGAUCGCCGGACCUCUCUUCUUUCUUCCUCCGUUGGUAUUUUGUUUGUACAUCACAGGACAUUUGGAAGAGAUAUUCCAUGCAGAGCAUCGUAAAGAGAUGCUUCGAUAUAUCUACUGUCACCAGAACGAAGAUGGUGGAUGGGGGUUACAUAUUGAGAGCAAGAGUGUUAUGUUUAGCACCGCGCUGAAUUACAUAUGUUUGCGUAUGCUCGGAGUAGCUUCUGAUGGAGGACAAGAAAGCGCAUGUAGACGGGCUAGGCAAUGGAUUCUUGACCAUGGUGGUGUGACUUAUAUUCCUUCUUGGGGAAAAGUCUGGCUCUCGAUACUUGGAAUCUAUGAUUGGUCUGGAACCAACCCGAUGCCUCCUGAAAUGUGGCUGCUACCUUCAUUCCUACCAAUACACUUAGGAAAAUUGUUGUGCUAUACCCGGAUGGUUUAUAUGCCCAUGUCUUAUCUAUAUGGUAAAAGAUUUGUUGGUCCAAUUACACCUCUUAUCAUACAACUGCGUGAAGAACUUCACGUACAACCUUACGAAGAAAUCAACUGGAAUAAAGCUCGGCGUCUAUGUGCAAAGGAAGACACGUACUAUCCUCACCCUCUGGUCCAAGAUUUGAUAUGGGACACCCUCCACAUAGUCGCCGAGCCUUUCCUCACAAGUUGGCCUUUAAACAAGCUCGUAAGAGAAAAGGCUCUUCAAGUGGCAAUGAAACACAUACAUUAUGAGGACGAAAAUAGCCAUUAUAUCACCAUUGGUUGUGUUGAGAAGGUUUUGUGCAUGCUUGUUUGCUGGAUUGAAAACCCGGAUGGGGAUCACUUUAAGAAACAUCUCUCUAGGCUUUCGGACUACAUAUGGGUAGCUGAAGAUGGACUGAAAAUGCAGAGCUUUGGAAGUCAGCUUUGGGAAACAGGGUUUGCUAUUCAGGCUUUACUUGCUAGUGAUCUCUGUGAUGAGACCGAUGAGGUUCUAAGGAGAGGACACAAUUACAUAAAGAUAUCUCAGGUCAGAGAAAACCCUUCAGGUGACUUCAAGAGCAUGUAUCGUCACAGUUCCAAAGGAGCAUGGACGUUUUCUGAUAGAGAUCAUGGAUGGCAAGUUUCAGAUUGUACAGCUGAAGCUCUUAAGUGUUGCCUUUUGCUCUCGAUAAUGCCAGCUGAUGUCGUUGGCCAGAAAAUGGAUCCUGAACAUCUAUACGAUUCUGUUAAUCUCUUGCUAUCUCUACAGUUGCUAAAUCCCACAGAAUUUUUUGCUAAUGUUAUGUCUGAGGGCGAAUACGUGGAAUGUACCUCAUCUGUUAUACAAGCUUUGGUUAUGUUCAAACAAUUAUAUCCGGAGCAUAGGAUAAAAGAAAUCACCAAGUCGAUCGUAAAAGCCGGGAAGUUCAUAGAAAGUAUACAAAUGCCCGAUGGUUCAUGGUAUGGAAACUGGGGUAUUUGUUUUACCUACGGCACAUGGUUUGCUCUUAGCGGCCUAUCAACGAUUGGUAAAACAUACAACAACUGUCUGUCUAUCCGCAAAGGUGUAGAUUUUCUUCUUUCAAUACAGAAUGAAGAUGGAGGUUGGGGCGAAAGCUAUCUCUCAUGUCCUGAACAGAGAUACAUACCACUAGAAGGGAAUGGAUCAAACCUAGUUCAAACCGCAUGGGCUAUGAUGGGUCUGAUUUCUGCAGGACAGGCCGAGAGAGAUGUUAUGCCUCUUCACAAAGCUGCAAAAUUCAUCAUCAAUUCACAAAUGGAAAGUGGAGAUUUUCCUCAACAAGAAAUUGUAGGAGCGUUCAUGAAUACUUGCAUGCUACACUAUGCUACAUACAGAAGCACCUUCCCAUUGUGGGCACUUGCAGAAUAUAGGAAAGCUGCGUUCGUAACUCACCAAGAUCUGUAG